CCCGAGGUGUGCUACUUAAUGCCUUGCGUUGCCUCGUACUGAAAAGCCUUUGGUACAAUUGUAAUCUGCAGUGAUGCUUAAUUCUAAUAAAUUAAUGAAUUUAUUUUGGAAGUAUAUUCCUCAUCCCUCUAACAGUGAAGCAAAAGCAAUUGAAAAUAAAUGUCUGCUGGCAGUUUCAGCAGGAGUUCAAGUUGUCGGAAAAGCUCUAAUUCUUCCAUGCCCCUGCCACGCAAAAAUUAAUAGUUAUGUAUCACAAAACUUCUCAUUUAAAGAAUGGAGGGUUAUAUACAGAAGGGCAAAUAAUAACAAUGUGAUUGCAAAGCCAAUCAUUUGUUGGGUGGGAAAGCAGUGUCUGAAUUAAGUGCCUUAUAACAAAGGGGGUGCUGACCUGUGUAAGCUUGCAGCAUUUCUGCAGGCUUGGUUUCAAAAGCUGUCAGCCUUGCAGCUCAGUGCCAUCCUUUCUCCUGGGACAGAUUUUGCGUGAAUUGUGGCAAUGUACUCAAGAAGCUCCUACCAGAGGAGGGAUGUCCUGCCAUCAUUUGUUUGCUUUUGCAGGCUAUUUCAAUGAGAAAAUCAUCCUAUUACUUUCAGGGAGGUGGCUGGAUGAUGUUUAGCUCAUUGUUCGGAACUGAACUGUUGAGCUCUUCUGCUUUACUUGGCAGUUGUCCCUUAUCAACUCAACAUGAAUUAGUUACUGCAGGACAUGAGGUGAAUGACCAUGAUGAGGAUGGAAAUGAGCUACAGACCACACCAGAGUUCAGAGCACAUGUUGCAAAGAAACUGGGAGCAAUGCUGGACAGUUUCAUCACUGUCUUGAAGGAUUCAUCAGGACCUUCACCAGCUCGUGUGCAGCAGUCUGACUGUGGAGAUGAUGGUUUUCGCCUCUUCUCCUCCUCUGUCCCAGGAGGCUGUGGGCAAUCAGAGCAAAGCCCUGCCCCAAGGAGGAGACGGCCGCCUGGUUCCAGUGACUCAGACAGUGACCAAGAGUGGCAAAAGUACCAGGAGGCUGCUGUGUCAGCAGCAGACAUUCUGAAGCAAAGUGCUUUUCCUGCACUGUCCCAGGAUUCCAGCCAGAAUACGUGUCAGGGUUAUGUGGAGCACAGACAGAAGAAAAAGAAGAAAAAGAAAAUAAAGGGAGAGAACAAAACUGAAGAGAAAAUAAUAGACCCAGCAGAUUGUGACCAGGACAGCAGAGAUUUGCCACGGUUGGAUUCUGCAAAUGGACAACAUAAGAGACAGGACAGCAAUCAUACAGAUAACAACACGGUGUCACCAGGAGCUGUGAAGAAGAAGAAAAAGAAGAAAGAGAGAGAAUAAAUGCUUUGCUGUGCAGAUGGGCAGGUGAUUGUGAUGGAUGCUGGGAAAAAACAAAUGGAGUUACUGCAGAUGAGGGAGAACUAAUUUGCAAAGCUUUUGUUCUAAAAGCUCUGUGGCCUGGGAGUCUAAUUAAAGUGACUUCCUAUGUUCUGACCUCCCUUGGGGAGCAUUUUUCUCCUAGCACAGCAGUUAUCUGUGCUGCUGCUUGCAGUCCUAGCGCGACGGGAUUAAAUACUGUACACAGACCAGUGUGGUGGAGGGGUGUAAUCAUAGCUGCAUCCCUUCUGAUCUGUUCUCUCACAUGCUGAAACCAAAUCUUGUCUCUUGGAGAAAGCAUAUGACGAAUUGAAGUUGGUUUACAUGGCAGCAGGUGGUCAACUUCUUUUUUGCUUUGAUUUGCCUGUGGGAAACUCAUUUAUUGAAAAGCAUUGCCAGAUGUUAGUCCCUGCCCCCCUCCAUUUUUUCCCCCUCUAUGAUUAUGGUAAGGAUCUGCUGUUGAAACCUGCCCUGUUACUGAUCCCUCUGUAGUCCACACCUCUCCAGGGCCCCUGUGUGUAAACAAAGGUAGCAGUGAGCUUAUUUUGAGGUUGUUAAAAACCAGCAGUUCUGCGUCCUAAAUUUCUCUUAGAGUGUUUUCUAGGGUAUUUUUUUUUGUUAUUAAAUUCUUAUUCACUGUUAGUCUGAUUUAAUUUGGCAGGUUUGUGGGACAGCAGCUUUCUUGUGUUCAAUAGCUCCCCCAGCAGAGACAAAACGGGCUGAAGAUGGCUUUUUGUUUGAUUGCUGAUCAAUGCUGUGAAAUUGGUACAGGAAAUACUUAAAUCUCAGUUGCUGAAUUUCAGACCUUGUUUUGUUUCAUAUGACUUUUGUCUGUGAAACACAGUGGGUUUUGGCACUUAGCAUAGCUCUUAGUCUGCCUGUUUCAGCUGCAGUAUUCCAAGAAACAACCUGUUACUUGGAUCAAUACUCUGCUCCUGUUGAGUUUCAGUAGGUCUAAUUCAUUGGCUCUAUUCAGGAGACCUAAAAGCUGGAUUAGAGAAACCAAAAUAGUGCGCUGAUGCUCUUUGAACACAGGAAGGAAACAAGGUGUUUUCCUUCCUAUUCUAAGAUCCUUGCUGUUUGUCACUCAGGAGAACACACUUGGCAUCCAAAAAAUGGAUGAAAUAGAAAAUUGGCUUGGAAGUAAUCUGGAUGUGACCGAAAUUAUUUGUUUUAUGGCCAGUUAAAACUUAAGUGUACUGAAGCUAGCACCUCAAAUGUCAAAUGCAUAACACUUUUUGCCUUGUUUUAUAUGUUUUUUUGUUUCUGCUUUUUCUGAAUGGAAGUUAAAAUUGAUUUGCAAGUAAUGCACAUGGGCGAUUAGGAAAUCAUCCUUGCAUAAAAUUCCUUGGAGAACCUGGUUACCAAAAUUAAUUUCUGGUGUUGGGUGGUAUCUAGAGGAAGCUCUUGCAGGCACAAACUGUUAUGUGUUAUCUGCAAUAGUGAAAUUUCCAGGCAUGAUAACCAAAGAGUUCACUGUUUUUUAAUUGUUCCAUGUAUCUUAAUCUGUUCAGAAUCUUGAGCAUGUUCUGCUGUCCUGCUCACAGUAGCAAGAACAGCCCUUAUCACAAUGGCAAAAACAUGUUAACUGGGGCUUUUCGUAUGCCAUGUCAGUGAUAUAAAGAUUCAGAGUAAAUAAAGAAGAGGGGAAUAAUUAGAAGAGGAAUUAUGUAUGUAGAAAGUUUUCAUUUAGUGCAAUGAAGGCUUUUUGACUCCGGGGGAAUUAUUUUCAUAUCAGGAACUACAGAAUCUAUCCUACAGGGAAGGCAGGAGUGAAGUGUUCUAUAACAUCCAUCCAAGUUGGCAUUGUUACAGAGAACUGAGGGAACUACUGCUGUCUGUGGAGCAUGGAGCCCUGCUGGAUGUUGUGCAGUGUCAGGGACCUGUGGGGAAUGGCACCCCUGGGUCACUCAGCAGAACGUGUGAGAUGAGCAUCCACGUGGUUAAUGCAGAGAGCUGAAGUCUCCUUGCAGCUGUUAAACUUUAAUUUCUGCAUUUAAAACAAAGCAGAGCUAUAUAUAUAAAAAAAAAAGUAACCAAGCCAUUUCCACUAGGAUAGCAUGAUUUUAGAGUAGGUCAUUUUGAACUGAGAAUGUUUGGGAUUUUGUAGUUAAUUAAGGGGUUUACGACUUGUAGUCCAUGAUCUUGUACUGACAGGUUUUUGCUGAGCCAUUCCUGAUUCAGUUUCUUGGUGACUUUCAUUGCAAAGUCAGAAGCCAGGUUCUCACUCUUGCCUCCAAGUUGAUAUUAUCUCUCAUAAUUCCAAUUCAGGUUUCCUUACAUCAAAGGAGGAGGAGAGUGCUUUAAAGAUGGUGUCCCUUUUUUGACAGCUCAAUUUUUCUCUUUUCUGCAUGGCUUACUUUGGUGUAGGCAGGUUUGUACAGGUCCAACCUAGUGAAGGUGAGCAGAACCAAAGUUCCACAUACAUCUUGGCAUUUUUUUGCUGUAUUCCAGUCAGAUCUCUGACUUUAUAGCACUCCUUCAGCAUCCACAAGGAUGUCUGGUCAUUCUAGGCUGGCUUGUGGGGUUGGGUUUGGUUUUGGGGGUCUGUAGAUCCUAUCAGUGCCGGCACCACUGUUCCAUAGCUCCUGCUCUGAGCCUGAGCCAUCUCUUCUGGAGGCAGCUGGAUGAGGGAUUUAUGAGGCAGUAGGGGCUGGAGGUUGGCUGACUGCAGCAACCAUUCCUUCCAGUGGAAGGCAGUGGUGACAGUGACAACAAACACAGUUGGAGUUGCGCCUUAUGCCUUGUCCUGGCAGCUCCCUUUGGGUGGUUGUCUUGGUGUUACUGAGUGGAGGAUGCCAUCUGCGUGGAGAUGAAGGUCUCAAUGACGUUAUGGGUGGAUGGCAGCAGCUGACUGUGGCUGUUGGUGGAGUCAGAGCUCUGGUACAGCACCAGGCUGCUGGAGGACACUGUUAAAAGCACAGGUAGAAGUUAAGUACAAAUAAUCAGUGCAGUCCCCUCCUCACACGUGCACCUAUUUGCAAUAUAUGGUUUAAGAGAGUAAGUGGCUGCUCCUCUUACCAGCAGGGCUUGAGGUGAGGCGAGGACCAGACUGAAGGUGCUGGAUGGUUGUGUCUUGGUUCUGUAGGUGUAUCGCUGGUGCCUGCGAUACUGGUGUAUGGAUCCCAGAGUCUGUGUGGGUUUCUGAGUCAGGUGUGAAUGCCUGGAGAAAAGAGUUAACAGUGCCUGGUUUCUUCAUCCCUACUAACAGACGUGGGGGAAGAGGAUUAGAAAGAAUGAGCAGGUGCUGUUUCCAAGGAGAUUAAAUCCUUGAUGGUGCAGUGAGAAGCUUGCUCUAGUGUCUCCAGCAAGGCAAGGAGAUGAGAUCAUUCUGCUGGGAUGGCAUUGACCACACACCCAAAAGCUCUUUGAGAAGCAAGGAGCUCCCAGCAGACUGAUGCAGCUGUAAGGUGGGGGGGACACAUGUGCUAAGGCUGUUACCUGUUUAGUUGGUGUCAGGUUAGUCAGCGCGCUGAGAUUGGCUGUGUCUGUUAUCACCAUGGUUUGUGGGAGGAGGCCUGUAUGUGUGUACUGGGCCACUUCAGACUUGGGGCCGUAGAGAGCUGUACACAAAACAAAAAAUAAAAACCCAACAAGAUCA